AUGAUUGCUCAGCUCAUUAACUGUGAAGGAGCCUGUGGUGAUGAUUGGGACUUAUUUCACGACGACUACUACGAUAUAUGCUAUAAAUAUUACCCUGCUGGUUUGGACGACUAUCAGACUGUGGUGGCCGCCUGUCUAAAACAACAAGAUUCAUCGCUGCCCACAAUAAACACCCCUGGUGAACAGGAAUUCCUGAAUCAAUUGAUUACAAAAUACAAGAUGGUUGAAAAUGUAUGGCUGGACGCCAGCAUCAAAAACAAGCACAUCGUUUGGUCCGAUAGGAGUAGCGGUGAAUACGAGAACUGGUUUACCGGUCGACCGCUUAAUGAUAGCAAUUGUGUCGAAAUACUAGUUGACCAAGGUACAUUGGGCAAAUGGCAAGAUGUACCAUGUAAUAAGAAAAAUGCUUAUUUAUGUAAACGUGUGGUGAUGUGGUCGGGUCAACGUACGGAACAUAAAAUCACCAAGAUGGAACAGAACAAGGUAGAAUUUCCCGUAGGCUUUAUAUACGUACAAUUGCCAAAUGGUACAAAUCCCAAAAUAUUAUGGCCAAAAUACACGUGGCAAGAUGUGAGUGUUAAUUAUGCUGGGCAAUUUUUCCGGGUUGAAGGCGGUGAUAGCUUAAAGUUUGGUGCGGGAAUUCAAGAUGGCAACGCACCUAGAUUGUCUGAAGUCAACGGCGGCUAUAAUGUCACUCAGGUUGAGCAUCUUGUAAUCACACCGGGACAAUUGACUCCAUAUAUUUAUACUGGAAGUGAUUCCGCGGAUAGAUCUAGAUAUUUACGGUUUCUUGUGUCCGCGAGUGAAGUGCGACCACGCAAUCAAGCCGUACGCAUAUUUCAGCGUAUUACAGUCCUGAAGCGUUACUUUUUAGUAAACGGCGUAAAUAAAUGGUCGCCAACCGCUCCCAUACCCCGUGAAUGGGUGGUCAGUGCGGCCGACACUCAUCUCUACCGAAUCGGACAUGGCAUCAAUUCGGGUGAUUUACGUGUUUUGAAUGUAAUCGCCGGUCGAUUGGCGCCCAUUUGUAUUGGCAUUACUGAUAAAGAUGUGAUUCAAAAGCUAUGCCAUAACUGCCGCCGGCUAUUGAUUAUAUCCAAAUGGGUUGUCAUAUUAGCGGCUAUCGUGGCGUCCAUGGUACAAAUGGCUAAUUAUACUACCACAUUCUGUGCAUACUUGCAUAUGGAUCUAUUACAGUUCUAA